AUGAUAAAAUUGCACAGAGAGGCUGCUGUUAAUUCAGACGUUCGUGACAUUGUUUUAUUGCGGACAGCCUAUUUUGGUAUGCAUACUUCCCGCUGUUGGAUUAUUCAGAUUGUUUGUAUAUCGCAGUUUUCUUUUUCACUUCAUUCCGCAACUGAAGCAGAAUCAAACAGAAAUUGGAUUGCUGGGUUAUCUAAAAUCGGCGAGAGAAAUGGAAGAUGGGUGAUGUAA